AUGGACAGCAGCGAGGUGAAAAUAUCUUUGGAGGAUGUUCCCAGCUCCGGGGGAAGUUUUGCCAGUACAACCAGUGGUCCAUGUUGCGGUUCAGGAAGGGAUGUGGUUGUGGAUGUACAGGAGGACGAUAAGGAUGAAAAACCCAAGGGUACAAAAAAGAAGUGUUCCAGCGAUCUAUCUGGAGGAAAUAGCUAUGCAGCAAACAAAAAUGUUGCUGAAGGCCUUAUGGAUAUAGCUUUGCUCUCGGCGAAUGCCAAUCAACUCCGGUUUUUGAUCACCUAUAAUGACAAGGCUUCCACCUACAUAUACAGCAUGAUCAUGGUGAUACUUUCCCUGGUGCUUCAGCUCUUAGUUGGAAUAAUGCUGAUCUUUAAGCGACGUCUUAAGCGUUUUAAGAAUCGAAGCUACGAAAGAACGAAUGAUCUCUUGGUGAUGGGAGUUUUCAUGAUCACCGUGAUCAACAUAUUGCUGGCGGCUUUCACCACAACCGAUGGAGGCAGUCAUUGA